AUGACCUCAUCGCCAUCAAUGGAGAAUGGAGGCUCGGGAACCUCUCGAUCAUCUGCCCUUCAUGGCUGUAUGCAAGAAUUCAAACUCUUCGAGACUCUAUCGAAUUUCUAUAUGAUUGGUUGGAAUGGUAGUGGAGUGUAUAGAGUAUUAAAGAUAGACCGGUUAGAUGCUUCUGAGCUUAAUGUCAGUGAGGAUUCGACUGCGUAUACGAAAAAAGAAUGCUACGAGUUGCUAAAGCGGAUACAUGAAGGAAACAAGGCGACUGGUGGACUGAAACUUGUCACUCUUUGUUAUGGCAUUAUUGGGUUCAUUAAGUUUUUGGGACCCUACUACAUGCUGCUAAUAACUGAAAGAAGAGUGAUUGGUGAAAUUUGUGGUCACAGUAUCUAUGAAGUGUCGAAAAGCGAGAUUAUUUCAUUGCAAAAUUCUAGUGUGGUUUGCAACAUUGCAAAUUCAAGAGACGAAAACAGGUACAAGAGGCUCCUGUGUGUGGUGGACCUUACAAAAGACUUCUUUUUCAGCUAUUCUUACAAUAUAAUGCGAAGUUUCCAGAAGAAUCUAUGCGAUCACGAGAGUGGAGGCACUCUCUAUAAGAAAAUGUUUGUGUGGAACGAGUUCUUGACUCGAGGAAUUCGACAUCAUCUUCGGAAUACCGUGUGGACUGUACCAUUGGUGUACGGUUUCUUUAAGCAGACAACUCUUUCUGAAGCUGGACGGAAUUUCAAACUCACUCUUAUCGCUAGGCGUUCUCGCCAUAAUGCUGGAACCAGGUACUUGAAACGAGGGAUAAACGAAAGUGGCAAUGUUGCUAAUGAUGUUGAAACAGAGCAGAUAGUGUCCGAGGACGUUCCUGAAGACCAUCCCAUGCAAAUAAGUUCUAUUGUGCAGAAUCGUGGCUCAAUCCCUCUUUUUUGGUCACAAGAGACCUCAAGAAUGAAUAUUAAGCCGGAUAUAGUAUUGUCAAAAAGGGAUCUGACCUAUGAGGCAACUAGACUUCACUUUGAAAACCUUGCAGAGCGAUAUGGAAUCCCCAUCAUUAUUUUGAACUUGAUCAAGACAAAAGAGAGGAGACCCAGGGAGUCAAUUCUCCGGGCAGAGUUUGCUAAUGCAAUUGACUUUAUAAACAAAGAUCUUCCUGAAGAAAAGCGUCUAAGAUUUCUCCAUUGGGACUUGCACAAACAUUUUCAGAGCAAAACAGCAAAUGUCUUGGCACUUCUUGGCAAAGUAGCUGGCUGUGCCUUGACGCUAACAGGUUUCUUUUACGAUCAAGUUACACCAGCAAUGAAGCUGGAGGGUUAUAUGAGCUUAUCUUCUUCUGAUCCCGACACGUCUCCACAUAAUAGUUCUGAUGAUGAUAGUGGGGAAUAUGAACCCCCCGAGAAGAAUUUUCGCUCAAGUAAGAAUGUUGCUAAUGGCGAUUAUGAUAUCAAGCCUGUCAGGCUCCAGAAGGGGGUGCUGAGGACCAAUUGUAUAGAUUGCCUUGAUCGUACAAAUGUUGCGCAAUAUGCAUAUGGCUGGGCUGCUCUAGGGCAACAGCUUCAUGCCUUGGGGAUUAGAGAUGCUCCAACGAUAGAACUCGAUGAUCCUUUGUCUAGUUGUUUAAUGGGGUUAUAUGAGAGAAUGGGAGACACACUAGCUUAUCAGUAUGGUGGAUCUGCAGCCCACAAUAAGGUUUUUAGUGAGAGGAGAGGCCAGUGGAGAGCAGCAACCCAGUCACAAGAGUUUUUAAGGACUCUGCAACGUUAUUAUAAUAACGCUUAUAUGGAUGCGGAUAAACAAGAUGCCAUUAAUAUAUUUCUUGGCACUUUCCAGCCUGAACAAGGGAGGCAGGCGGUUUGGGAGUUGCAUUCAGAUUCCCAUUCUAAUGGACGGAGUGGAGAGAUAAGCAUGGGGGAGGAUGAAAGGUUUCUUGUGAAGAGGUGCUUAUCAGACGGGAAUAUUCUCCAUGAAAGUCACACACCGAUGUCUGCAAUGAGUAGCAAGCAUGAAAGCAUAUCACAUAGAGGCUUUGUGUCGUCACACCAAGUGACUAAUAUUAUUUCAGAGUCAUCACCAGAUAUGCCAGCUGCUGGUGAUGUAACCUUAUCGAGGUGUACUCCGUCAAUGCCUAGCACACAUUUUUUUGGAGAUGCGCAGAAGGUUUAUCAUAAUGGUAGCAACUCAAUUUACUUGUCCGAGCAGGAAGACAUGUCUAGUGUCUCAAAUUUUGUUGAUGUCGAGUGGCUUUCUUCAUCGGAAAAUCUAUGCGAGAACGAUCAAUUGUACAGGCCCUCAGCGGUUACAAGUUAUCCAACAGUGGAGAUGUCAUCAUCAGAGAAUAUUGUCAGUGAAGCAAAACAGUCGAAGCUAGCUAUGACCGAGAGUGGAUCAAGCAGCAGGAAGGGAAAGGAACCUAUGGGAACCGAACUGUCUGGACACACAAAGGUCCGCGAUGACUUUCCAGAUAGCUUCAAACAAUGGGUUUUACAUGGAGAAGCACUCUGCCAUUGA